AUGUCGAUAAUUCCAAGCUUCUUUGGUAGCCGGCGAUCCAGUGCCUUUGAUCCCUUUUCUUUAGACAUUUGGGAUCCCUUUGACGGUUUAUUGACCUCCUCCCUAUCUGAUAUUCGGGCAACUGCCCGUGAAACCACCCCCAGAGUUGACUGGAAGGAAACCCCACAAGCUCACAUUUUCACGGUGGAUCUUCCAGGGUUGAAGAAGGAGGAGGUGAAGGUUGAGGUGGAAGAAGGUAGGAUUUUAAAGAUCAGUGGAGAGAGGAGCAGCGAGAAAGAGGAGAAGACUGACAAGUGGCACCGUGUGGAGAGGAGCUCCGGCAAGUUUCAGAGGAGUUUCAGAUUGCCGGAGAAUGCAAAGGUUGAUGAGAUGAAGGCUUCAAUGGAGAACGGAGUGUUGACUGUGACUGUGCCAAAGCAGGAGGUGAAGAAGAAGCCUGAGGUGAAAGCCAUUGAUAUCUCGGGUUGA